AUGGAAAUUCAAGGUAAAUUUGAGCCAGUUUUUAAAAUGAAUCGGUUGGGUAAUUCAUCAGCACUGCCUCUUCCAGUCAAAUUUAGACAAGUUUUGUACGACCCAAAGUUAGUGGAGAAAGAGUUAAUGGGAGGAGACCCUGUGAGUGAUCAGGAUUCGGAAUUAUCUGAGGCAGAAUCAAUGUUAUUAGCGGACUCAGGUGGAAAGCUUUUCUUUAAGGAUCCUUUGCAGUAUCCAGAAUACAUUCAACAAGAAGAGGAACAAUCAGAACAGGAAGACAUCUUUAAGCUAAUGGAAGAAGGACACAGAUUAAUGAACCUGCUAAAAGAGCAACAGAUCCAACAGGGCAAGAAAGCAGCUUCGGAACAGAUGGCAGGAUUGCUAGUAAACAAUCUCUUAAUCAACGGGUUUCACAUUGUUCCUCCAGAGUCAACACCUCGACCUGUGGAUGAUUCUUGGACUUUGCCAGAUUCUGAAGCUGAUCAAGAAAAUGUUGUGAAUGUUUUCAUGGGAGAUCAAUUAAUUGUAGAUAUGCACAGAGAAUUGAAAAGGUUACAGAUAAACUAA